AGGAUGAAGUUCAAAUAGUUAAACGUAGGAAAUGGAAAGUGAAUGAUACUAUUACUCCAGAUCAAUAUAAUAAAUACUUUGUUGUAGAACCAAAAUUAGAUGAAUUUAUUGAUAAGAUUAAAAAUAGUCAAUAUUUACUACUAUAUGGGCUACGUGCAUCAGGGAAAUCAACACAUAUCAUGUAUGCAAUGCAAAAAUUCUUGGAUUUUACAAAAACAAAUCUUAAUAAUGAUCUAAAAGCAAUGUGGAUAUCACUUUAUCAGUUACUGAAACCUCAAUAUCAUGCAGGAAUUGUUAAUAAUGAAUUUAAUCAGAUAAUUUAUGCAUCUGAUGAAAUUCGUAAUGAUUGUUUAGGUGCCAUUCGUUUCUUAAAAAAUGAUAAAAGGUAUCAUAUUAUACAUUCUGUAGUAACUGCUGAUCCCUUUAGCAUUCGAUACUUAAAUCCAAAAGGAAAUUACACAUCAUCCUUCAAUGUUGCAAGAAGCUUCCCAAAUCCAAACUUUACAAAAGAAGAGGUAGCAAAUCUAUAUCAGGAUUAUUCAUCUUCAAUAAAUAUAAAUAUUGAUGCAUCAAUCAUUAGUGAUAUCUACAAUAAAACAAAUGGCCAUGUUAGACUUGUUUGUUUGUGUGGUUGUGCAAUUGAUGAAGAUUUAAAUAGAAUUAUUCAAUAUUCAACAUUCACAAAGAUGGUUUCAAUAUUAAAAAAGUCAAAAGCUCCUAUGGACUUGCUUCGAUCUCAAUUUAUGUUUGAUUUAGAGUUUCAUAAUGUCACCCCAAGUGACAUUGACUUUGCUAACUUUCUUGCUGCUGAAGGGGCCCUACAUCCACAUGAAAAAUAUUCAGCUAAAUUUAAGAUUUCUUCAUCUUUAAUACAUGCAUUAAUAUUACAAUGUGUUAUUCCUUCUGUAUAUCCAGAUCAUCCUAAAGUUGAUUUACCUUAUCAAAAUGGGAUUUUUGUUACUAUUAAUGCUCUGAAAGAAGUUGUUAAG